GCCAGUAUAGCAACAUUUCAGAGUAGCUUUGCUAAAUGAACCAAACUGGUUUAUCAGAAUACUUAAACAGCUUAAGCGGAUUAAUAAAUUAUAGCUUCUCACGUUGAUUUUUAUUAUUUUCAGACUUAAAUGACAGUUAAUGUUCAUUGCAGGGUUUGAACGUUUGUUAGGGUGAUAUACCUAGACUUAUGUCUAUUUGUUUUGUUUUUAGCAAUAACAAGGUAACACACUCUAACGCAGACCUUUAAAUAAGCAACCGUUAUUUUUGCGACUCAUUCAAAGAAAGUAGGCCAAUAUAAUUCUCGGUCAUUUUCUUUUCUUUUAAGACGGUAUGCCAGUGCACUCAAGAGAAAAGAAAGAAAGCAAUCAUGAAGAAAUGGAGGUGGAUUUUGCAGAGCAAGAAGGGAGCAGUUCAGAAGAUGAGGAAACAGAAAGCUCAUCUGUGUCUGAGGAUGGAGAAAGUUCAGAAAUGGAUGAUGAAGACUGUGAAAGGAGAAGACUGGAGUGCAUUGACGAAAUGACCAAUCUGGAAAAACAGUUCAUUGACCUCAAGGACCAUUUAUAUAAAGAAAGACUGAGUCAAGUUGCUGCCAAACUCCAAGAAGUGAUGUCAGGAAAGGCCCCCGAGUACCUGGAGCCUCUUGCAACUCUUCAGGAGAAUAUGCAAAUUAGAACAAAAGUUGCAGGUAUCUACAGAGAGUUGUGCCUGGACUCCGUGAAGAAUAAAUAUGACUGUGAAACUCAAGCAGCUUUACAGCACUGGGAGAGUGAGAAGCUGUUAUUAUUUGAUACAGUUCAAAGUGAAUUAGAGGAGAAGAUCAGACGUUUGGAGGAAGACCGUCAUAGUAUAGAUAUUACCUCAGAGCUCUGGAAUGAUGAGUUACAUUCAAGGAAAAACAAGAAGAAAGAUCCCUUCAGUCCAGACAAAAAGAAAAAGCCUGUGGUUGUAUCGGGCCCAUAUAUUGUUUACAUGCUGCAAGACCUAGAUAUACUGGAGGACUGGACUGCUAUCAGAAAGGCCAUGGCAACAUUAGGACCUCACAGAGUAAAGACUGAUGUCUCCUCUUCAAAGAUUGACAAACAUCAGCACAAUGCCCGCUCAGAAGAUGGACGCUUGUUUUACGAUGGGGAAUGGUACAGCCGUGGGCAAGGCAUAUGUAUCGAUAAGAAAGAUGAUUAUCCUACAAGUGCUAUAAUAACUACAAUCAAUCACGAUGAAGUGUGGUUCAAACGAGUCGAUGGGAGCAAAUCAAAACUCUACAUCUCACAGCUUCAGAAAGGCAAAUACACCAUAAAACAUGGCUGAUCUACUUGAGAUCAUCUUAGUGUGCCAGUUGGAAAUGUCUUAAGGGAUAGUACACCCAAAAAUUUAAAUUCAUUAUCAUGUUGUUCCAAAUUCAUAUGACUUUCUUUCUUCCGUGGAACACUAAAGCAAGAUGUUUGGCAGAAUGUUAGCAUCAUCCUUUUUCUGUACAAUGAAAGUGAAUGAUGACAUUCAUUAACAUUCAUUCAUCUUAAGUGAACUAUCCCUUUGAUAGUGUCACUUUGUGUACAGUAUAUAAUGUUUUUAAGUUGGUUGAGAAAUGUUGCUGUAUUGUCUGUCUGUAUGUGAGGACAACAUGUGAGUUGAUGCUCCUUUACUGUAUUUUCAAUGAAAUGCUGUUUGUAUUAUUAUUAUUACUAUGAACAAGGUCAAAAUAUAAUAUUAUUACAGGCUUGUUUACUGCCAUGAGGUGUGAUACUUAUUUUUUUAACAGUAGGGUUCAUUUUCCAUUCAAAUUCUGCUGGGAUGUCCGAUUCCUGCUACUUAGUAGGUCCUCGUGGUUGUGCGGUUACUCUCCUCAAUCUGGCUGGCAGAGGAAAAGUCUCAAUCCACACACAACUUACCACUUGGCCCAUUGAGAGCGAGAACCACUAAUCAUGACCACAAGGAGGUUACACCAUGAGACUCUACCCUGCCUAGCAACUGGGCCAAUUUGUUUGCUUAGGAGAUGUGGCUGGAGUCACUCUGCAUGCCCUGGACAUGCCUUGCUGAGCUACCCACACCCACAAAAUCUAAUUCUGCUUGUUAAAACAAAGAUGAAUUUGCAGUUAAUUGACUUAAAGCAAUAGAUCACCCAAAAUGAUGUGACUUUCUUCUGCAAAAAACAAAUAAAUAAAGAUUUUUAGUAGAAUAUUUCAGCUCUGUAGGCCCACACAAUACAAGUGAAUGGUGACAAACAUUUUGACGCUCCAAAAAGCACAAAGGCAGCAUAAAAGUAAUCCAUACAUCUCCAGAGGUUUAAUCCAUGCCUUCUGAAGUGAUCCAAUCAGCUUUGGGUGAGAAUAGACCAAAAUAUAACUCCUUUUUCACUGUACAUCUUGUCACUGCAGUCUCUAGGUGCGAUCAUGAUUUCAAGCUUAAUUACACUGGGGCAAGGAUGUAAUCAAGCUUGUAAUCAUAAUUGCCAAAGACUGCUGAUGUCAAGUUUUAUAGUGAAAAGGAGUUAUAUUUUGGUCUGUUCUCACCCAAAACUGAUUGGAUUACUUCAGAAGACAUGGAUUUUUAUGGAAUACUUUUAUUCUGCCUAUAUGUGCUUUUUGGAGCUUCAAAAUGUUGGUCACUUUUCACUUCUUUGUAUGGACCUACAGAGCUGAGAUAUUCUAUUCAUUUUUGUCUGUGUUGUGCAGAAAGAAAGACAUACACAUCUGGGAUGGUAUGAGGGUGAGUAAAUAAUGAGAUCAUUUUUAUUUUUGGGUGAACUUUCCCUUUAACUUGCUUAAUUCAAAUGGAGUUUAACAAAAUUCUGAUGUGUAUUAUUUUGUAAUACCGUAUCUACCCACCACAUGUUUUCCUACUUUUUUUACAUGUCUGCCUCAUCACGGUGUUACAAUACAAAUGACGUUUUGCAAAUUCGCAAAUGCCAUAUUAAGUGGCUUUCUUUGAGAAUAUUAUUAAGCAUCUUAUUUCUGCAACAUUUUAAAAUGAAAAGCAGAUGUGCAAUGCAUUUUAGGAGUAUAAGAAGUAAACAUGACAUUAUCACAACUUCUAGAGUCUUAGAAGAUGAGAUCACACCGCUCUAUUUAAAGUUUGAACAAGCCAUAAAUGUUGUAAAUACUUCAUAUUAAUUAUAGUGUGCAUUUCAGUUCAGUGUUCUUAUCAUUUGUAGUUAGAGCACCACCCUCUGUUUAACUGUUGCACUGUGGCCAUUGUUUUUUUUUCUUCUGAUUUAUCCAUAUUUUUUUACAAGUCUGCACUGAAUGUAUUUGUUUUUUGUGUGUGUGUUUUCAUAUGAAAAUAAA